AUGCUCUACCUACUCCCUCGUCUGCAAGAAUUGACUUGGAAAGUGGAGACGCCUGCUGCGUUGGAGCGCUGCGCUCUUUUCCUUCACCCAGGUCUUCAGGUCAUCAACCUCGAGGUCGGAGCGAAGCUCCCGAAAUUGGACGACUUCCUCGCAGAUAUGUCACGCCGCACCAGCCUCAAGGGCUUCUCCUUCAUUUCGCCCACUAAUCUACCGGACGCAUUCACCGACCUCCUUGGACGUCAGGAUGACCUUGAGAAGGUGGUCCUCGUGGCUCCAGGCGCGUUGGCGCCCGGUGUCGGCCGUUGGAUCGCCUCGUUACCCCGCCUCAAGCAGCUUCAACUCGACCUCACGGGCAGGUCUCCCAUCGCCGUGGAGGGUUUCUUCGACGAGCUCCUUCCUCGUUCCGGAGACUCCACUCCAAGUUCAAUCGGGUCCAGAGACAGCGGCGUCUUCUCUGGUGAGGAGCUUGAUUUCACCGAGAUUCGUAAAUCCGCCCUUCGACUUACAGGAGAUUUGCCCCGCAAAGGCUCUUUUGGCAAGUUGCGCAAGUUGCAACUGACAGGCGAGGUUGCCAAUAUCGCAGUUUUCCUCAAGCACCUCGAGAGCGACCUCAUCAACUUAGAACUUGUCAUUGAAGACCCACCGGACAACGCUGACUGGCAAGAUUUGUCAGAACUGAUCUGCGAGCGAUUCGCAGACUCCCUUCAGUCGCUCCGCAUCACCGCUACCCCAUCAUCUAAGUUCGUCGACCUCGUACGGUCCACGUCUCGGGCGGAGCCGCCCACUGGCAGGCUCUCUCUCGAAAAGCUGACGAAUCUCACAAGUCUUACACGACUCGACAUUGAUCUUCCAGAAUCCGUUGUUUUCACACCUUCUGACAUAGAAUGCCUCGCAAGAGCUUGCCCAAGCCUCGAAUCCGCCAGGCUGUGCCCUUUGGCACGGUUCCCAACGCCUCACAGCCCAAAGCUGACUCUCGAAUCCCUGUCUCCUCUGACGAAGCAGUGCAAGAGGCUUCACACUCUUGCUGCCGUCUGCAACGCCACCCCAGCCAGCGAGAACAUUUUGAGAUCGCAGGAGGCCACCUCCAACUCGCUCCUUCGACUCCAUGUUGGCCACUCGUGGAUCCAAGAUCCUCUCCGGAUUUCUAUUCUUCUCAGCCACCUCAUGCCCCGCCUUGAACUACUGAAGUGGUUCCAAGAGAAGAAUAGGGCCGGUUUCAUCGAAACACAUGCGAAGAAUUGGCAAACCGUGUCCGACACGCUCCCUCACCUCCAGCUUUUACGAUCAGUAGAAAAGUCCUUCAUCAAAGCACCUGUCAUCGAACCGCGCCAGAUGUCUGAGAAGUCCAUUGAUGCAACUGUUGAGACGACCAGCCGCGGCGUUCUUGCUCAGGUGCAAACCGCUGACGCGUCCAUCCAAUCCUCCCCCGUUCUGGUCAGCCGCGAGGUGGAGGCCAUCGUUGAAACCUCAGAAGCAUCUGUCGACGCUGUUCCACCCAGCGAAGAAGUUGCCGUAGAGGCACGCCCUGUGACUGUAUCGACUGCGGUCUCUGCAAUGAUACACCCUUCCUUAAACGGGGGUGUGAGCCCAUUCUCCCCCACCUAUAAAUCGGAACGUUCGCCCAUCCCUCACUCUCAAACAGCCAUGUACCUUCUCUCCUCCAUCCUUGGCUUCCUUUCGUUCGCCUACCGCUGCUCUACCCUUCCCCUCGCAUUCAGCUCUCGAAUUCUCCAGCUCCUCCUUUCUCGCUUCCCAACUCAAAAGUGGAACACAGAGAGCCCAGGUGCUCUUCCGAAGCCCACCAAAAUAGAUGACGAGCUGCCUGCACCUGCCUCUGAGUCGUCCGACCCGAUCCCUCUGGAUUCUUUUCCAGUCCGUCACUAA